UCUUGAAUUCUUGGAAUCAUUAUAUGUCUUUUUUAAUAGAAUAAUACUCGCCUCUACUUCUUUUUCUAUUUAAGAUAAAAUGUUUAAGAAUUCAUGCAGUUUAUAAUGAAAUUUUAUCGAUAUUUUAAAAUAUAUUGAGUUCAGUCAAAUUAACGAACAGUUAAUACAGUUUUUGCGUUUAAAUUCAAAAGGAACAGAAAAUUAUAACGUCAAAUAUAGAAAUGUUAAAAAAAACCGGAAGCUAACGGGAUUUACUGCCGAACUUUUUUGGUCACCGUGAAUCUCUGCUUCCCCAGGAAUAUUACUAUUUUUCGCGAAGAUCUUCCAUAAGAAUUCUCCAUGGAAGAUUAUAAAUACCUUUUCAAGGUAGUGCUAAUAGGAAAUGCUGGUGUUGGAAAAACAUGUCUUGUCCGAAGAUUUACACAGGGAUUGUUUCCACCUGGUCAGGGAGCUACUAUAGGAGUAGAUUUCAUGAUAAAAAGUGUUGAAAUUGAUGGGGAUAAAGUUAAGCUGCAGAUAUGGGAUACUGCUGGCCAGGAGCGAUUCCGUUCCAUUACUCAGUCAUACUACAGAUCCGCAAAUGCUCUUAUUGUCGUUUAUGAUGUUUGCUGCCAAGCAUCUUAUGACAGUCUUAUCCAAUGGAUAAAUGAAAUCGAAACUCAUACUAACAGCAAAGUGUUAACUUAUUUAGUUGGUAACAAAAUUGAUCAGAUAAAUCGCAGAGAAAUACCUACUACAAUAGGAGAACAAUUUGCAAAUCGUUACGAGAUGACUUUCUUGGAAACUUCAGCAAAAGAAGCUGACAAUGUUGAAAAGUUAUUUUUUGAUAUUGCACGAGAACUGACGAAACAAGCUAAAGCUCAUGAACUUCGGCCUCAUAAUAACAAAGCGUUUCCCUCUGGGGAGACAACUCCAGUAUCUAGCUACAGUUGUUGUCAAGCUUAAAUUUUAUAUAUUGUUCUGAAACCUCCUCAAUCCAUCAGUUCUAUUAGACCCAAUAAGAUUUGUUUUUAUGUUCCCUAAUUAUCAUUUACAAUGUCCUUUUUAUGUUAUUUCCUCACCUAAAAAUCCUGUUUAGAUGAGGAUUUCUGCAGGGAUGUCUGUUUGCCCUUCUUUUGAUAUAUGUAAUCUGGAGUGAAAUAUAUUUCUUAGCUGUAAUAUAAUAACUCCUUACUAAAGGUGUUUUUUUUUUCCACUGUGAUAUCUUGCCAGCAACCUAUUACUGAAAUUGCUUUGGCAUUAUUUGCUUCACAUUUUAGUAACAACAUAAUGAAAAAAAACGCAUCUGUUAUAUAUAUAUAUAUAUAUAUAUAUAUAUAUAUAUAUAUAUACAUACAUACAUACAUACAUACACGCAUAUAUGCUCAUACCACAUUAGUGCUAUUUUCAGUAUAGUAUCUAAAGGUACUAAGUUAUUUUGUAUCUCCUACUACUAAAUCUUAUUUAUAUAAUUCUUUUGAAUAUCUACACCUAACAAUAGGAAGCUGGCAUGUAUAACAAUUUAGAAAUAGUUGGUAAAAACUAAAUGAUGUUGCUUCAUUUAAAAAUUCUUGUAUAACUCAUGAAAAAUUUCUAUCAUUAAUAUAGAUUGUUAUAUUUUGACAGUGUGAAAUACCGACAGACGGAUUGUGGUAAGUGGUUACUGAACUAUUGGUCGUGAGUUCAAAUAUUUGUGUUGUAAACUUGGAAAUGCAUAUGACUAGCUAGCAUGAAAGUGUGUAUUGCUCUCAUUAUAUGACACAAUAGCUAGAUAUUAAGGAGAGCAACCACACAUACAAAUAAAAAAGUUUUCUAAAGUAAUCAUGCACAUAAACAGUUGGAUUUGUAGACCUUACUACUUUGUCAUAAUGGAAAAAUAGGCAUCAGAUGAAAAAUUUGUUAGCAAAAAAAAUUUUGUAAUUUACUCUAAAUUUAUAAUGAGUCUUUAAAAUAAGUUGUUUUAUUUUAUUUUAUUAUUUUCUGUUAAUAAUUCAGAAGUCUUAAAGGCCAUAGAGUGGCAGAAAUAGUAAAGUGCUGAAAUAAUAAUAAGACAAAAAUAUAAAGUUUGAGGAAAGUAGUGAUGGUCUGCAUUAGGGGGAGAAAAAAAAACCCUUAAUAAAAUUCAAAGACUGGCUCUGUCUGAAAGAUCACAUUUCACCUGUUCUAUUUAAAAAAAUUCCAUGACUCAACUAAAUACCUUGUAUUUAGUUACAUCCCUUUAUAUUCUGGGAUUGACUUUGCCUUUCAUACCUCUGGGAAUUAAUAAGCCAAGUACCAGUAAUGUUUUGUUCAGAGAAUUAAUCCCUUUUCAUACUAACUGGCCUGGAAUUGCCUCUGAUUUUAUGAUUCAAAUUAUCUAAUUCCAAAAUAUUCAUAUUUGAAUUAAUUAUAUAAAAAAGAUCCUUUCAUCAUAAUUUUAUGAAACAUUUUUUAUGCUAUGUUCCAAAAAUUAUCUUAAUAUUGGAAACGUGAUAAAAUUCCUUUUGCUAAAUUCUAGAUGGUUUUUCCAAUUAGUUGAAACACGGACUGAAUUUCAUGAGAAAUACAGUCAUGAGAGGAUUAAAUUAUUUACAAAUUUAUGGCUUGGUACCAAAUUAGAAAUCCAUUAUUAGAUAUUCUUAAAUUUUAUUUAUUUAUUUUUCAAAAUGAUUUACUUUUUUCCUUUUUAAGUCAAAUAUAUAAAAAUGAAAUCGUAAAUUAGCAAGAAUUAAAAAUAAAACAAGAGUAUAUAUUCAAAAUGAAAAUAAAUGCAUUCCACUAUGUUUUCUUUCAGCUUUUUCUCUUUUUUAAUUUUUUGUACAUUUAGCAAUGGAAGAGAUGAACAAGCUGUUUGUAAUUUAUAAACAGCAUACACUGGAAUCAAAAUGUUAAAUGGUUAAAAUGGCACACAAUGUUUGUGGCUAAGUUGCUGGACUAUUAACCAGAUGGUUUUUCAUUCAAAUCUUUCUACAGCAACUAGCUAUUAACAGUUUCUACCUCAGGAUUCACUGGUUAAUAUUAGGAAGAGCAUCCGGCUAUAUAAGUAUAUAUUCUUGGACAACAACAGCAACUGAAAAUGUCUCACUUAUGCCAGUAUAGAAAUUCUGAUGCAAAAUACCUCUCUCUUUCUUAUAUAUAUAUAUAUAUAUAUAUAUAUAUAUAUAUAUAAAAAACUACUCAUAAGAUUUUGUUUCAAAUCAGUAAAAUAUUUUCAUUUAAAAGUUAAUCAAAACUGAAAUAAUACUAAUAUCGAUUACACAGAACCAUAGCUACUUUUUUAAAUGUAAACUCUGCUUCCUGCUUUCAUGCUAUAUAACAGUUGGUUGUAAGAAAUAUCUUCAAAAGCAUUUGGCUGAAUAUUAUUAAAUGUACAAAUGUUGAAAUCUCAUUUCAUCAAACAGACAAUUCAUAGAAAAUUUAUUUAAUGCACUUCAAUUUUUCAGUAGCACCAACAGAGCUCUCAUUAUGGUUUUGCUCUCUCUCUGAGCCUCUUUGUUUAAGUACAUACAAGUCUCUGCAGCCAUGCCCACACAUAUCUUUUGAUGUGUGUGUGUACAUGUGUACUUUUUAUAUGUAUAUGUUCUGUAUGAGUAUAUGUGUAUUUAUUUCUUUAUAUUUUUGGAACCUCUCCAAUAAUGUAGCAGGCUAUUCUUUAAGAUAACCUAUUUGGUAUUUAGGCAACAAUAUUCUUGUAAAUUAACAUGUUGAACUUCAAAUAAUGUCUUACCUGUAUUUACUAACCUGCUCAUAGAUUGAAGUUUAUUAUCAUGAUUUAUUAUAUUAGCAGCAUUUUGUCUAUCUUUAUGUUGAGUUUAAAUUCCACUGAGGUUAACUUUGCCUUUCAUCCUUUUGGGGUCGAUAAAUUAAGUACCAGUGAAACACUGGGGUCAAUGUAAUCGACAAUUCCCUCCCCAAAAUUUCAGGCGUUGUGCCUAUAGUAGAAAGGAUUAUUAUUAUUAUUUGUCUUGUAUAGUGUUUGAAGGUUACUACCCAAACAUUUGGUCAUCUACUAAGUUCAAUAUGUAUGGGUACACACUAUCAGCCACAAGCUCUGAAGCAUAAUUCUUCAUUCUUCAUUUCUCUCUCUCUCUCUCUCUCUCUCUCUCACUGAAUUCAUUUUGUAUUUUCAUAUUUAUCACUGACCACCUGACUUCUAUAACUUCUACAGGUUUGGUUUUUCUAUUUUAGUUUACUACAUCAGAUUCAGAUGUGCUUAUGUUUUGUAGAAACCUUGAUUAAAACAUUCCACUGUGUGUGUGUGUGUGUGUGUGUGUGUGUGU